UUGAGAUCUUCCUACAUUACCUUUACCACCUUCCCCGCACCACCAUCAUAAUCCUAGAAGGCAAAGGACUUAGCGAGCCUGACAUUGCAACCUCCCACUCGCACCGCUACCCUCCAUCACCAGCUAGCUUCUGAGCUGCCUCUGCUCUUGCUUUGCAAAAUCGGCUCGACCCCUCUUUGGCUGUUUCGAUCCUCCGCUUCUUACGGACCACCUAGAUUCCCACCCUUCCCGUCACCACAUCAUCACAAUGACCGCCUCACCAGUAGUCAACGUCGUCCGCUACUCUGCCCUCCUUGGCGGCAUCGGCUACGGCAUCGUCCGCCGUCGUUCGUUGCAAGCGCGCGAGGACAAGCGUUUCGAGGCCGCAGAGUGGAAGCGACAGGAGGACUUGAUCAACAGGGCAAAGGAGGCGUACAAGGAGAGUCUGAGGGUCAAGGUCGCUGCCAAGGAGAGCGGAGUCGUCUCAGACCCGGACAGCCCGAACUUUGACCUGGAGAAGUUCCUCGGCUCGCUGGACAAGUAGAGGGAGUGUGACACGAAGAAGGGAGGAGCGGGGGGAUACAGCGAGCAAUGCGGGUGAUGUAGAGGCAGUAGCAUGGCCUAUGGGGCUGGGAGCCUUGCAUCACGACUGUUGGC